AUGUCAAAUAAAGAUGAUGAAUCAAUUGAAAUGUUAUAUUCAAAAUCAUGUCUUGAUUUAAAUAUGGAUAUGGAAACAAAGUUAGAUGCAUGGCGUUCAUAUGAACAUAUUCGUAAACAUUAUGCUUUAGAAGGUGAUCAAUUACAUUGUGAAAUAUUUGAUGGAAAUCAAUAUAAAUUAAUUUAUUCUGAUUAUCAAUAUAAAAGAACAUCAAAUCAAAUAAAUCCUAAAUUAAAUACAAAAAAUAAAUUAAAUAAAUGUUCACAUCAAGAUUUAUAUUCACUUAUAUGGACAAUAUAUGCAUUAGCUAAAACAAUUUAUCCAUCAACUAUCAAUGAUCUUAUUGCUUCAUUUCAUUUACUUAUUUCUAGUUUUUUCUUUUAUUUAUGA